AUGAUAUUAUUUUUGAACAAAGCCGAUCAAUUCACUAUCAACUCUAGUCAACCUUUAGCCUAUUUCGAUUACAAUGUCAUUGGACGCGGCAAUAUUUUAAAGAGUGGUCAUGUUGAUUUACCCGACAAGCCUAAAAUAUACAACUUGACAUUAACUCCCGAACUCUUGUGGGCACCUAAUUUCGGCAUCUAUGUCUACUAUGUAGAUGAAAAGGGUGAAUAUCAUUAUGCUGAACAGAGAUAUCAUAUUGAUUUUGAGUUACAGAAUCAGAUUAAUGUAACCGCUGAAAAACAAGUUAAACCUGGACAGGAAGUGGCCUUAAAAAUUUCCACCGAACCUCAUUCCUUUGUAGGACUUAUGGCUGUCGAUCAAAGUGUUUUGUUAUUGAGAAACAACAAUGAUUUCAAUCCUUAUGAAUUCAAUUGGGUUUUGGGUUCUUAUAGCACAAAUACUCCUCAUCAAGGUGGCUAUUCCGAAUAUCCCGGCACUACAUCUGGUUGUGUUACCUUAACAAAUGCAGAUUAUUUUUAUAAUUGGACUCGACCUGAUUACAUGUCAAGACCAUUUUCAGCUGCAGAUCGUGGUUUUGUUAGUAAUGAUAUUAAUCUUAAGACUGCAGUGAAAGGUGCCGCCGCUCCGGGAGCGCCAGGAAUAUCUACAUUUGCUGCUGAGAGUGCCCAAGCGGGAGGAGGUAUCGGAGGCAGUGCUGAUAGCGUGCAAGUGCGUAAGGACUUUUCGGAAACUUGGUUGUUUGCAGAUAUUGAAAACACUGAAACUGCUGAGUUCACCUGGUCAAAGAAGAUUCCCGAAACUAUUACUUCCUGGGUAUUGACAGCAUUCUCUUUGAAUCCCAACAAGGGUUUGGGUGUUACUAGGGAUCAAACUAAAAUCACCACUUUCUUGCCCUUCUUUAUAUCCAUCAGAUUACCCUAUUCCGUUAAAAGAGGCGAAGUAAUCAAUGUUCCUGCCUUGGUCUUUAACUACUUGGACAAAGCCUUAGAUGUCGAAGUCACCUUGGAUAAUAGUGAUGACGAAUACGAAUUCACUGAAUUCUCCAAUGAAAUUAUAAGCGAACAAAAACAAAUGAAGAGCGUACGUGUCCCUGCCAAUGGAGCUGCUGGUGUUUCCUUCUUACUCAAGCCCAAAGUCAUUGGUAAUGUCAUGCUGAAAUUCACUGCUAUUUCACCAGUUGCCGGUGAUGCUAUACACAAAUCUAUGAAGGUGGUACCCGAGGGCAUAACUCAAUAUGCCAAUCGUGCUUAUUUGGUUAAUUUGAAAAAGGAACCAGAGGUUAAAACUUCCUUUGAAUUGGAAUUGCCUGAGGAUUUGGUGCCCGAUUCAGAGCAUGUAGAAGUUGGUGUUAUGGGUGAUAUUUUGGGUCCUGUUUUAAAUAAUUUAGAUAAUUUGGUGCGCUUGCCUACCGGCUGUGGUGAACAAACCAUGUCUACUUUGCUGCCCAACUACAUAGUCAUGAAAUACCUUAAGGAUUCCAAUCGCUUAACUCCUGCCAUGGAAACUAAACUGCUGUACAAUAUGGAAACUGGUUAUCAAAACAUGUUGAAGUACCGCCAUCCAGAUGGCUCUUUCAGCAGUUUUGGUCCUGCUCAAAUGAAAGAUAAACCACGUAAUGGUUCCACCUGGUUGACCGCCUAUGUUAUGCGUUCUUUUCAACAAAUUAAGGAAUUUGUUGAUGUCAGCGAUAAAAUCAUUGACGAGGGCAUUAACUUUUUGACAAAACAACAGGCUCCUAAUGGUACUUUCACCGAAAAGGGUGAUUAUUUCUAUGCUUCACAAAGAAAUCAUGUCACAGUCACUGGUUCAACUGUUUUGGCUUUAUUGGAAAAUGCUACCUAUGCCGAGAAAUAUUCACAAGAAUUGACAAAGGGCUUGGACUUCAUAGCCCAAAAUGUAGAAAAAACCGAUUCUUUGCAGGCCCAAGCUAUGGGUACUUAUACCUUAAACAAAGCCAAACAUGCUGAUGCCAAAGAAAAAUUAUCUAAACUUACAUCGUUAGCUAAAACCGAAUCCGAUCGCAUGUGGUGGUCUUCAGAGAAAAAGCCCAUCGGUCCCAGAUGGUGGUUCUAUGUUUUCAGCAAUGAUGUUGAAAUUACCUCUUAUGCCUUGUUGACCAUGUUGGAUCAGGAUUCCACGAAGGUGGAUGAUGUUUUGCCCAUUAUUAAAUGGUUGAUUGCUCAACGUAAUAGUUAUGGUGGCUUUGCCUCUACCCAGGAUACUGUUGUAGGUCUAAUGGCUCUUACGAAGUUUGCCAAGUUUGCUGACUAUGAACCUGCCAAAAUGACUGUUGAUAUUGAGUCCAAGGAUAAAAAGGAAGAGGUUAAACUGACAGAAGAAAAUGGAAUUUUAUAUCAAAAUGUGGAGGUGAGUUGGAACUAGAAAUGGACAAGAAAA